AUGAAUAAUCUUGAUGAAUUGUUCAGUCACACAAAAAAUAUAUACGGAAGAACAUUUUUAUCGGAUCAAGAUGUAAAAUAUUUAUUACCAGUCGAUGAUUUAGAAAUCAAUCGUAAUAUUACCUUUUAUUUGUUAUGGAAAUGUGUUUGGCAAAAUGAUUUUUCUGUACCGAUCGAAGAAAAAUUACAAAACGGUUGUAGUGUACUUGAUAUUGGAUGUGGGCCAGGAUACUGGUUGAUUGAUAUGGCAGAAAAAUAUCCAAAAUCGACAUUUCUUGGGAUAGAUGUAGCCAAUUGUUUUUAUAGUGGUAUUAUUGGUGAAUCAUCAUCGUCAUCAUUAUCUAGCAGUAAGCCUGAAAAUUUAGGAUUUUUACAAUGCAAUGUAAUCAAAGGAAUUCCGUUUCCUGAUAAUACAUUUGAUUUCAUAAGACAAUAUGAAAUGUGUAUGUCAUUUGCCGAAAAUGAUUGGAAGUAUAUGAUCAAUGAAUUUGUUAGAGUGUUAAAACCUAGUGGUUGGAUUGAAAUUUCAGAAUUUGGUUACGAUCUACUAUUAGGCGGUAAAACCGAAGCUGACAUGCCAAAACUAUUAGAAUCAAAUCCAAAUUUAGUUGAUCAUCGAACAACAAGUGUAAAAUGUCCUGUUGGUAAUUGGGCAGGAAAUUUAGGUGGACUUAUGUGUGAGCAACUUCAUCAAAUGAUUGAGGCUAUGGUUGAUGUACCAGCUUGCAUGGAAAUAACUAAAGAAGAAUAUCGUCAGAAAUUGACAGAAUACAUUCACGACAUUAACAAGUUUGGUGGUUACAUGACAAAAUUUCGAUUUUAUUGCCAAAAAAAAACCCCUAAUAUUAAACAUCGUGCAACUUUCUAA